AGGACACCUGGCACACAGACAGAACGCUUGCGCAGUGUAUGUGAAUGGUUUUUACCUUUCAGACCAGAGAACAAAGUGCACAGGAGAGACAUCUGUGACAAACAUUAUUUUGAGUUUAGAAACAUCUUGGAUAUAUAAUUCUGGGAAUAUUAUUGUCAAAACCAAAGGGCCAAAAUCUACCGAAACUACCUGGAUGGGUGAACAAACGUGGAGUAACUGGGCUCUGAGGAUUUAAUGGAUAUUGUUUGCCAAAUGGAUUGUACUUGAGAGACGUAAACUGAAGUCGCAGAGAAGGUUGUCAACGGAACUACGAGCCAGGACUCCAUUUUGGAGAAAAGUUGUGUAUCUCAGGCAGCUGAUCCCCAUGGAGCCCCCUGGAGGACUCCGAGAGCCCGUUGAUGUUCUGGGAGAGAAUGAAGCGCUGCAGCAGUUCUUUGACGGAUGCCAGGAUAUGAGUGGGGUUCUGGAGAGUGCGGUGGUGGACACCAGCAUACUGGAACAGUACCUCAGCAACGACAUGGACCCAACAUUCAUGUUACCAGAGUCACCACCAGAUUCUGGUUCAGAACCGUGUUCACCUCCACAAAUACCAGACGUGAGCUACGGCUACCAGGAAGUCUUCCAGCCAGUGACACGUCCUCCAGCCUCAUCGUGUGGAUAUAAAGAGCAACCCCCACCACACCCAGGACUGUCAUACCACCAGGGGCUGACUAACUUUUACACCAAGACAGACACAUCUCCAGGCUCACUGCCCCACCACCCCCCCAUCCACCACCCCCCCAUCCACCACCCCCACUACCUGAUCCCAGGGGAGAGCUAUAUUCAGGCUAACACUGCCCCCACACCGCCCGUCCACCACAAGGCUCUCCAGCAGCAUCAGCCUCCUCCACGCCAGGGCUUGGCAGACAGCUACCCCAGGCCCAACGCACCCCCGGUCCCAGAUCUACCUCCAGGCCAAGCCGCACACCGAGCCCCAGGCCUAGGACUGCCCUCAUCCUGCCUACUACCUGUGCCAGGAUGCCCUUCACAACCAGGAUAUGCAUACCUGCCUCCCACAGCUGGGCAACACACAGGGCUUAUAUUACCUGACUGUAAGAAGAGAAGACGAACAGAACCCCUUGAGGUACAGACCCAUUUAGUGGCUGUUCCCAUAGCAGCGGGUUCUGAGAGUGGAGGCGGUGACGUCCCGUCCUAUGACAGUGACGGGGCCACAGGGAGCAGCUCUGGGACCUAUCAGCUCCUCACCUGGGAUCGCUACCAGCCUGGCCUGUGGACACCGCUCUACAACAGUAACUAUGACAUCCUCCCUUCCCCCGGUUACCAUGUCGACACCGAUAAAGGUUUCAACUACUCCACAGCUGACGAGGCCUUUGUGUGUCAGAAAAAGAACCACUUCCAGGUCACGGUUCACGUAGGGAUGUCCGGAGACCCCCUGUACGUCAAGACCCCCAUCGGCGCUGCGCCAAUAGAGAGCUUCCACGUCAAGGUGUUUGGUGUGAAGCUUGAGGCACAGACUCACAAAGUCACCAUAGAACAGUCACAGCCUGAUCGCAGCAAGAAACCAUUCCUGCCAGUCAAAGUGAGUCUACCAGGGGACAAGAUCACUAGAGUUACUCUGGGAAGACUGCACUUCAGUGAGACCACUGCCAACAACAUGAGGAAAAAGGGAAAACCCAACCCUGACCAGAGGUACUUCCUGAUGGUGGUGGGUCUGUACGCCACAGUGAGGGAAGAGAGUUACCUGCUGAUAGCAUUCAUGUCAGAGAGGAUCAUAGUCAGGGCGUCGAACCCGGGCCAGUUUGAGAACGACAGUGAGGUGUUGUGGCAACGAGGACAGGCUCCGGACGCGGUGGUGUGCCAGGGGAGGGUGGGCAUCAACACAGACACCCCCGAUGAAGCCCUGGUGGUCUGCGGCAACGCUAAGAUCAUGGGGCAGGUUAUGCACCCCUCUGACCGCCGCGCCAAACACAACAUACAAGAGGUGGAUUCAACAGAACAGUUGAAGAGGAUAUCUCAGAUGAGGAUCGUGGAGUAUGACUACAAGCCUGAGUUCGCCUCAAAGAUGGGGAUCGAUCACAUACAUGAAACAGGCAUCAUAGCCCAAGAGGUGAAGGAGCUGCUGCCUACUGCUGUCCAAUCGGUGGGGGACGUCACCUGCAGCGACGGAGAGAAGAUCCACAACUUUCUCAUGGUGGACAAAGAGCAGAUCUUCAUGGAGAAUGUCGGGGCUGUGAAGCAGCUGUGUAAGCUGACUGACAACCUGGAGAACAGGAUUCAGGACCUGGAGGAGUGGAACACACGGUCAGCCAAGCUGAAGAACACGGGCGGCCUGCGCUCCAGCAGCAACCCUGCUAACAGCAGCACUAAAGGGAAAAUGAACAGACACAGCAGUGUUCCACCACCCCAGAAGCCAACACCUCUCAAAUCUGUCAAGGCAAAGUUCCACCGCUGCUUAAAACACAAGUUUGUCCAAGUCAGCAUGAUCAUUCUGGUCGCAACAUUGGCUUUCUGUUCUAUUGCCAUCACAGCUCUCUACAUGCUGACUCUGAGAGACGACUCCGGCAUGCUGUUUCCUGGAAGCACCAACGAGACUACUGUGCAUCCUCUCUACACCACAACAGUCAGGCCUACCUUAGUAAGCCCAACCACCCCCCCUGUCCCGUGGACCCCUGAUGUGGACUUCUGUAGCCUGAUCUACUGUGAAGAAGUGUUCUGCUGUCCCACUACAGCCGCCAUGGAUAAUACCAGCACCAUCUCUCCUGCCCUCCUCUCCUCCACUGUAUCUCCCUCUACCGGGCCCUCUCUAGCAGAUAAAGGGGAAGACAAAUUCAAUGAAGAAAUCAAAGGUGCCGGAGAUUGGACAAACACAACGAUAAAGUCUUUUUUGAUCAAAGAAAACGAACAGAUCAUUGACUCUCGGUACUGUGAGAGGGGAAGCUGUGGGUCAGGAAACUACUCCUUCCAAAUCCCUAUCAGCAAGUUCGUCCCGACCAACAUGCGUGUCACUGUCCAGAUGAGUACUACAGAGCUGCUGGUUGUCCACCUGUGUCAUCACGAUGAGACGUUUGAAUGCUCUGCCUUGAUGGACCAUGAUCAAACCAACGAAGAAAACAAUUUCAUAAAUACACAGGGCUACGUCCAUGAAUGGCCUCUGCCAGUGUCUCGAGUCUACAGGAGCUCCUACCACUUCCGCUCAGCAGUGGCUGGCCAGGCAGACUGCAAUACCGACCGUGGCUUCAUGGGGGCGCUGUUCACAGACUACCAUUUCAACUUCUACCGGAGGUGUGAGUGAAGAAGAAGACCUCAUACUGUAGUUCCUCUGGCUGGCCAGUGUCCAAUGACAAGUGUGUCAAUGCUUCUCUUCAUGAUGUAUGGCAACUGUAAUAAUUCAUCCACUUUGUAUUGUUUUUCUAUGAAAUGUCCUGAUUUGUUGAUGAGAUUGUUGUAUAUAAUCUCUUUUACAAGGACUGUAUAAGAGCAUAUUUAUUGAUACAGAAUUACAGUAGGUAAGAGUCGUUUGAUUCACUUUGCCUUGUGACAAUUCUUGCACUAUGUGAAAAGAGAUUUGAAUUGGAACAGACCUGAAUUAUGGAUCAUUUAGUUUUCAGUAGAAUGUAAUGCAGUAUAACAGGUUAUUGAUUACUCAUUAAACUAUACAUUGAUCAUGUCACACUGUUGGCACACAGGAGGACAGGAUGAGUCCCAGAGUAAAAUAGUACUUAUAUUUCAUACUUGACUGUGUAGGAAGCGAUUACAUUUCUUUCAGAAAGUAAUUGUGUUGGAUUCUGUGUUACUGCAUCAUGUCCUAGUAAGUACCAGGUAAAUACCGGGUAAAUACCAUUGGAAACUGUCAAAUAAAGUACUGAAUUCUC